AUGGUCAGUCGUAAAGUUCGUUUAUUGAUACCACGUGAUCGUGGAGAAUUAGUACCAAUAUUUUUUAUUCUAUUUUUAAUUUGUAUUUAUACUAUAUUUGAAUUGUUUGUUAUUUUACCAUCAAUUUACCAUAAUAUAUUUACGUACAAAGAAAUUCUACAUUUAAUAUUUGGUUUGUAUAUUAUUUAUAAUUUAUUGGGUAAUAUGAUACUGUGUAUGAUAACUGAUACAUCCACUGAUACAAUUAUUUGUCCUGUUCUAUUACCACCACCUAAUGUUAAACAUGUCGUCGGAGAUAGUAACAGCAGUGUAAUUAAUCAUUAUAAUUGGCAUUAUUGUCAUCCAUGUGAAGUUAAUGUACCCCCAAGAGCACAACAUUGUCAUUUAUGUAAGAAAUGUAUAUUAAAACGAGAACAUCAUUGUUCAUUUCUAGGACGAUGUAUUGGUUAUAGAAAUAUUAGAUAUUAUAUUUGUUUUAUAUUUUGGGCUUGGUUUGGCCUUAUUUAUUGUAAUGCAUUACAUUUUGACUAUACAUACGAAUUGGUCGGAAAAUUCUCCUAUAAAGUUAUUAUCGCGUGUGUAUUUCCAUUUGGAGCAUGGCUAUUUGGUUUAUUAGAUCAUUUCUCGUUACUUUUAUCGUUUAUAUGUUCAACAUCAGUUGUAAUGAAUCUUUAUCUAAUGUUUUUAUUAUUUAAACAGUUUUUUUUAAUUUAUAAUGGUCAAACAUCGUACGAAUCUGUUAAAAACAUUAAAAUUUAUAGUAUGAAUACAAAAUCGAAUAUUGAACAUGUAUUUGGAAAAAACUGGCAUUUAAUUUUAUUUUCGCCAUUAAUAUCAUCGACUCCACUUGGUGAUGGAAUGACAUUCGAUAUUUAUAAUGGUGAUACAAAAAAAAAGAAUGAGCUAACGAUGAAUCCAAAUUCAAGUCGAGUAGAGGGCACUGAUGGUAGCGAUUUUAUAUAUCGUGAACGUGUUGCUGGUCAUUAUCAAAUUAGUACAAAAAUUAAAUCUCGUCUAAGAUUAUUAAUUUAUCUACAUUUUCUUCUUGCUCUCAUUAUUAUUGUUCAAAUAUUAUUAUAUCAUAUUCGUUCAUUUUUUCCAUCGUCUGUCACUAAACCACACAUUUGGGAGUAUUUAUGGCUCAUUAGUAUAUUUGCUUCUAUAUGCGGUUUAUGCUCAUUAUCACGAAAUAAUUUAUUGCUAUUAAAAUUAUUUUUUCGUGGUGUUAUAAUUUUUGGUUUGGGAACAAUUUUAUCAACAAUAAUUAUUAAUCUAACUGAUUUAUUUGCAUAUUCAAAGUUAAAAACCAAACAACAACAUGAACAACAACAACAAAUGUUUUUUGGUUUACCAGUACUUGUACUAUGGUACAUAUUUUUAGCUAUUACCGUACAAGUACAUUCGUAUAGCUUAUAUUUGGCUAAUACAUUAAUAAAAAGUUGGCAACCAAGACAAAGACAACAAUGA